GCCUGUGGGGGGCUCUGCGGGCGGCCCCGCGGGUGGGGCGUUCCGACUGCCACGGGGCUCCCCUGAGCCUCCUCUUCUCCUGACUGAACGCUCCCGGUUCCCUCAGCCGCUCCCCGUCAGACUUGUGCUCCUGAUCCUUCUCGGUUUCGUUGCCCUACUCUGGACGCGCUCCAGCGCGUCGAUGUCUUUCUUGUAGCGAGGGGCCCCAGACUGAACGCGGGGCUCGAGGUGCGGCCCCACCAGUGCUGAUCACCACAGUGCUCCUGCUGACUGCACUGUUGCUAAUACGUGCCCAAGCUUUGAGGCAGGACUGCAGAAUAUGGCUCCAAAUAAAGUCUGUGCUCCUGGUACUGCAGAAAUGCUGUUCGCUCUGAUGCAAUUCUCAACCACAUCACCACUACUGAUUGUUUCCAUUAGAAAGGUAUCUGCUAAUCUGAAAAUGGAUCUAGAAGCCAUUGUUCUAGAUACUGCCGUUGACACAGUAAAAAGAAAGCUCAUGCCCUGCAGAGCUCAGGGCUGGAACAGAUGAAGCAAGCUGUGAGGACACCUGCUGAGAAGCCGUACAGGUUUUUUCAGGUCUCACAGACUGUUGCAGCAGCACAAACGAACCUGCCGGAGCACUUUCUAUAAGCCGGAACACAAACAGACAGGUCCGAACAAAGAGGACGAAGCUUCAGCUUACCUUGAGAAUAUUUGCAGGCUUCUAACAAGAUCUCCUGCUUCGGAACAACCUCUCUGUUCUCCACAAAUCCAAGAAGAGCAGCUUGCAGAAACACGGCAUCUCUCCCAUGCAAGCCAGCAGCAGCGGCACGCACAAAGGUGAUGGGUCUCUUCACAGGCAGGCACACGUACACACGGCGCACCGCCUCUCUGCACUGCCUGUCUCAUCUUGUCUUCGCCCUUCUGGGGAAUGCUUCUAGAAGAGAGAAUCCUCUUAUUUAAGCACAGGAGCAAUGCUGCAGCAAGAGCAGUGCAAAUUGUACCACAAAUAAGCUGGCAAGGUUGUUAAUUCUGCUAACUAAACUCCCCCAGUUUGAUAUCUCCAGCAAACUCCUCUGCCCACCCACAGCUGCCCAGUGCAGCUCCUGUGCUCUAUGGCAAACCUCUAGGGAGGUGCAGAGAAAUAUGUACCUCUCUAGAAAUGCUGCAGUGGUACUGACUAUUGCAAGCCUUUCUUGUCAGGAAAGGAAGACUAGUCUAACUUUGAGCGCACUGACACACAGUGCAAUAAAAAGGAAAUGGGAAGAGCAUCACAAGAUCCUUACUGCCACACUAGUGUUGUCAAAACCAAACCUGCAGUGGGGUUGAAGAGCUGCUCUGUCAUUCCAGUGCCUCAGUUUUAACUCAUCAUCUUCACCAAACUGUAGCAUGCAUGUAGGAGGCCAUAACUCACGGACUGCCUUCUCCCAUCAAUAGUCAUGUGACUUUUAAAACAGCAGUCUAAAUUCAGCCCUGGAAAGAUAUGUUACUGAUUUCUGUCAGUGCUGUGAGCCCCCCAAAAAAUAAUUCCUUGAUGUUGUCACUUCCUCUUCAGUCUCUGCAAGAAGGAGGCUAAUGUGACAUGAAAACAUACAAACACAAGUUUGUAAAAUUGAAACUUAUGCCACAAACUUAAACAACUGAACUCGCUCAUCAGAUCAAGGCUAUCCCCAAGAGUUUUGAGAUGUUAAUCUUUUUUAGAGGUUUCUCUAGUAAGACCACCCAGGUUAUUGCCAGCUUGAACUCAACUCUCUUCUGCCCUUUAAAAAAAAAAAAUAAUAAUAAUUUAAAAAAAAAAAAAAAACCAACAUGAAAACUUCUUGUGAUCAUCAAUAUCACCAGCAAAGCAAACAACUGCACUUUCGCAGCUUCACAGGGAUAUCUGAAUACAUCCAAAUUUUGUUCUCAGCAAAAAUAUCUACACGAAGGCCAACUGAAGGGUAUAAGUUCUCAGUAGGCAGAGGGCAGAUGAGUGGUGUCAGGUUCCUUUGGUUGUUUUCCUGCAUCUUUUGUUCCUUUGCCAUAUCCACAAUCUCACCUAGCUUUGCCCUAAUUACGUAGAGUACUUCCUGGUUCCUUCUGUGCCUUUUGUGUUGUCUCUACGUUCACAUAGUCUGUUGGUCUGUUUUUCUGGAUGCAUUUUCUUUCUCUCUGUAAUUGAAACUUUCUUGAAGUGUUCAGAAGGAAGAUUGUAUCAGUGUGCUCUCCAUAUCAUUAUCUCUGAGAGCAUGCUGAGAAAAGCAGAGAUUCUGACGUGCUUUCCCACAGCACCAUAUUCUUCAUGAUUAUUUAAUUUAUUCCUUCUGCAGACACACCAGGCUCAAUAAGCCUUCAGGUACUUCUGUGCUGGGAUGUAGAUCUUGCUCAUCUCUUCCGGAGCUUCAGGGAUAAGUAGUGUCAAGGCAGAAAGAAAACUGAUACAUGACAGAAUUUGAAAAUUUUGAGUUUUCUAGAGGGUGCAAAUUUCCUUUGUUUCCUUUUAGAGCCGGAUAGUGCAACACAAGUAACUUGCCAUGGCAGCCUGCUUACGAGACAGAAAAAGGUGAGAACCACCAGGUGCUUUGUUACUGUAGCAAGGGAAGAGGCAGAGACCUUAUCGUUUUUGGUCACUAAUGAGCAGCACACCAUCUAGUAAGUUGUCAGCAGAAGUUCAUGUUGUAUUUGAUGCAAGCUAGCUGAUGUGUGAGCCUCUUUGAUACUUGGAUCAAAACUGAAGUGCAGUCAGAAAGAAAGAAGGAAGUGCUCAGAAGAAUUGAAACAAAGCUGGAUUCUCAGAAGCACAAGGCCUAAUCCAUAUCCGCAACAAACUGACUCAACUCUGCAGAUGCCAAGAAUGGGAAAGGUAUGCCAGUUUAUCCUUACUACAUGUUGCACUGAAGGAGGCACAGGCAAAACAGAUGUCAUUAAUGCGUACCAUCAUCCCAAGGGUGUGGGGCUCACAGAAAUACCUAAAACUUGGAACAGAAGUGCAACUGAGAGAUGACACAGAGGAAAAAGACCAGAAGAAGGAAUGGGCUGCCCAAGGAGGUGGUGAGGUAACAGUCUCUGGAGGUUUCAAGAAAAGGAUGGCUGUUGUAUUGCAUGACAAGGCUCAGUGGGCAUGGGGCGUACUUCUAUCAGCUCUCCUGCAGCUAUCAGCACAUGCCGGUGGACUUGUUAUAGCACGUUGAACAGCACAUUCUUGCUGGCUCACUGGGGUCUGAUCCAAAGCUUACUGCAGGCAAUGAGGAAGGUUCAUAGACUUCUUCAGUGGCCUUUGGACUGCCCUGCGGACACAGAAGCACGAUGGCUGCGUUUCAAGUAAAGAGGAUGCUGGGAUGGAGCGUUCAGCUAGCAGUGUAAUCAUGCAGUGAUGAACUGCAGAGUUCACAGCCAAAGAACUGAUCUGCAAGCAAUGCUGGAGGCCCCACAGCAGACAGCAUGUCAUGUCCACUACCACGUGCUGUAUCCUUGAAAGCAGACUGUCAGGUGGGGAGCUGGAGGUCUAGUUCAGCUUGAAAAGAUACAACUUUGUGUGAAAUGCCAUAUAUUGCCUGAUGAAGCUUUCCUGUAAGGUUGUACUUCAUGAAUUUGCGUAAGCCUGUGAAAAGGAGCAAAAACAAAUGCUUGGAUCUGGGGUUGAACAGUGAAGAAGAACUGGAAUGAUGCCAUAGUGCUCCCCAAUAGGAGGUGAUGAAUGGGACAAGCAUGCUGCUGCUCGUGCAGCCAAGUGAUGAGCCAACAGUGCAAGUUCUGCUCUUGCUGCUAACAAAGCUGUACCGCCUCUGCCUCAAGCUGUUUCCUGCACAGCUCUCCUUGCCCUGCAACCAUCCCUAGGGCUCCGUUCAGCCAGGAUCCCUCGCUUCAGGGAACACGCGGAGCUCGCCUCCCCUCAGUGCCCAUCAUGCCGCAGCCGGUUGCCAGCCGGCGGGCACGGCGCGUCGCGUCGGGGCGGGGCGGCGGAGGGAGGCCGGGGCUGCCCCGUGGUGGCGGCCGUUGCCGGGUAACUGGGGCCUCCUCGGCCGCAGGUGGGAGCCGUUCGGGCCCUGUGGCGGCCGGUUUCUGUUGCUGGGAGCCUUUUUUCGUGCCCCGGUCCCUCGCAGGGAGCAGUUGGUGGCAGCCCCGAGGCGCCAGAGUGUUUGUGGGAGCCGCGGGCGCCGCGUUAGCGGGCGGUUGCCUGUCCUGAGCAAUCCCACCAGCUUGCCCGUGGUCAUGCACCUGGCCUGCAUUGUUCUCGUGGAAAACUCCAUUAUUUCACCAUGUGAACGCUCCUGUUCAUCUCAGAGUUUUCCAUCCCGUUCAAAAUUUUCUGGUUAUGGAGGAAUCACACAAGAAAUUGCACUGUGGGCAAAUGCAUCACUGAAGAUAAAUGGAGAUGAAUGAUUAAUAAAUGAAAAUCUCUAUAGCAGAAGGAUGGAAAGAAGAAGGGGCAGAACAGCAGCACCGCUGGAAGAAAAGCAUAUGAAGAAGGACCAGAGGUGGAAUCCUGGCAGAGCUUCUCGUCCAGCCUCAGCUACAGUUCGGGUGACUGACUUGAGUUGGCGAGGUAACCUAAAUCCCAGUCCACUGAUUAAAGAUGAUGGAGAACUACUUAUGGAUGAAUACCUUUCCCCCAGGAAACUGAAAGCUUUGACAGGGAUGGAUGAUCUGCAGCAAGUAAAGGCCCUGGAGAUGCAAGUAGAUACAAGAGAGAGCAGCUUGGGGAACUUUGGUGCCUAUCUACCUAAUCUGAGAGAGCUGAAGUUGAACAAUAGCUUGCUCGUAUCUGUGAGGGAUCUUGGAACCACGUUGUCCCAUCUCCACAUGCUGUGGAUGGUUUGCUGUGGGCUCUUAGAUUUAGAUGGAAUCUCUGCCUUCAGCUCUCUAAAAGAACUCUACAUAGCCUACAACAAAAUCUCAGACCUGUGCCCACUGAGCUUUUUGGAUCACCUUGAGGUUUUGGACCUGGAAGGAAACAAUAUUGAGGACAUCAACCAGAUGCAAUACCUGGGGCUUUGCUGCAAACUGAGCAGCCUGACAGUUCAGGGCAACCUUAUUUGUUUAAAGCCAAAUGCAGAAUCUGCAGAGGAACUAGAUUACAAUUACAGAGUUGAAGUGAAAAAACUCAUUCCCCACCUGGAGUAUUUGGAUGGAAUGCCAGCAAGCCAGACUGCUGUCUCUCCUUCCAGUAAGAUGAAUGAGGACUGGCUAAUCAUCAAGGAAUCCAUCAAGGAGGGUGGUUUGCCCAGAGACAUUUCAUGGUUAGGUCCAUGUGCAAUGGCAAGGCAGCCUGGAUGCAGCCCAAGACCUCCUACAACUUCCAGACUUGGAACUGCACAGUGGUCUCCUAGUGCAGGAAGGUGUAGCAGUUCCCGUCUGUUGUACAGCAGCUCUCCUCUUCCAGAUCCCACUAUUUCUGAAGACCUGUUUCCAGAUGACUCCAGUGAUUUGACACAUGGACUCAGCCAAGUUAUAUGUGGUAACCCCAUCAAGGCCCUUCGUGCGAGGAGGCUAAAGCUAGGUCCACCUGCAGCGAGCUCCUUGAAACUGCGCAGUCUGAAGAUAGAAAACCCUGACAUCUCUGUAGGAGGAGGAGAUGUGAGCCAGGAAGACGUCUUCUCUGCACCGAGAGUGUGGAGAGAGCAGCAUCAGCGGCGGUGCCUGCACACAGCUCAGCAAGAAAGUGUCAUCCCAGCAGCAAAGCUAGCUAUAGAUGAUAAGGAAGAGGAUGAAGGCUGCAGCCCAGCCAGUGGUGCUGAGAGUGAGCUGAGGGACACCUCAGAUGAGGAUCUCACUGAAGGGAUUUCACCUGAUUCUUCUUGCCACUCCUAUCUCUCCCAGUCCUCCUCAGAUUCAUUACGUGCUCAGGAAAGCCAAAACCAAUGUCUAAUUCCGUAUCCUCCAAAAAGUCCUUCACCUGCAACUCUGAUGGGUUUUGCAGCAAGACCCCGGGAGCUGAGGAAGCACAGGGCAAGGUGCCUGAAGCUAACCAGCCCAGAGGAGGGCAGGCAGCCCCAGCAAUGCCAGGCAAGGGCAACUCAAGAGACUUCAGCUCAGCUGCUGGGCAAGGGCCUUGCUCUUCUGAGCAUGCACAGCGCACCGGCAGCACAGGAGUCUCUGCCCUUCAGCCCCCAAGGGCAUUGCCAGCCUGAUGGCAGCAUUGCCAGGCAGAGGCCUAUCUCAGGACCCACAGCUGUUGGAUCAGCAGGCAUCAGCCCCAACCUGGACAGGAGUCCCUGCAGAGUGACCAGCCAUCCCCAGCCAGUUGUCCUCUCACCCCCAAGCCCCUCGGGGAGGGUUGGGCUGCUGAAUGCUGUUUGCCCUCCAACUGCUGGGGCAGUGCUGCAGAAGCUGCCAGCCAGUCCCUCUGUCUCAUCAACGUCUCAAAGCAGGAGUCCCCCUUUCAUAGCCCGUGUGUAUCAGACCCAUUGACGCCGUGUCAUCUCCACGCACUGGGUGCAGUCCUGACACUUGGAGGAUCAGUGCCAUCUUUCAGCCGCCUCUGCAAGAUAAAAGCAGAACUGUGCAAGUAGAGCAGUUCAAACAAAUGCCAUGAUUUGCCUCAAUUAAGGCUACAGCUGGUCCAGAAGUACUUUCUUUAAAGAGCACCUGCUGAUCAACAGAAGAGCUAAUCAACCUCUUAUGACAGCCAGCGUGGUUAUUUUUUGCACAGCCUUCAUGCACUGAAGCAGAACAACUCUUAAUGUAUUUCCUCUCUCCUGCCUCGUGCCCCACUCUGUGGGUGAGGCAGUGGCAGUAAACCAGCAGGGCUCAGUGCCUGCCAGUUCCAGGGUGGGCUGGAGGAAGUAGAUGUGCAGCAUUCCACCUCAUGCUCAGCAGCCUUGCCUACAAGCAUCCCUGCUGUGUGUGGCUUUUGCAGAACUCAGCAUUCGGGGACAAAGCCAAGGGUUCAAGGCAGCAUUGACCUGAGCAUGUUUGCGUAUCAUAUGACUGAGUCAUUUUAAAUAAUGCAGAGGCAAAGAUGAGGCAGGGGAAGUAAGAAAAUGAUCUCUUGUUUUAUAAUGGGGCAUUUGCUUUAUAGUUGGUUGAGAUUCAAAAGAGCUGGUUUUAGUGACUGCAGGCUGUGGUGCUGAUCCCAGUGGCUGUGCCUUAUGACUUUAUUGAUGUUUGCAGUCUUAAACAGCAUCAUCAUAUUUUUUACAGUUUCAGUUACCGUGUUAGAUAUAUAUUUUAAAAUCACUUGAUGAAACAGUAAUUAUGUGGUGAGUUAAUUAAUUGUUUUAUGUCUUCUCUCUACCAGUCAGCUAAAAGUAAAGGAACGGAAUGGCAGGGAAAGCCCAAAAUCUUCAGCUUGUUAUGGUGCACUGCUUUCACUUAGAAAAUAUCCUGCAGCUGGUAGCUAGUUUGCCUAGUUUUGGUGGGCACUAGAGAAAAUCAUCCAUCAAAAAGCAUCAAAAACCACUUGGUAUGUGAUCCAUGAAAUGCUGUGGAUGAGGCAGAUGUUGCCCAACACCAAUGCUUGUGUCAUUAAACUGGCUCCUCGGAUUGA